AUCUACUCCGAACGUAGAUCGACACUAUAUUAUUUAAUUUCACAAAAUUAAAUAUCUCGUUGAAAUUAUAAUUGGUCAAAGUCCGUUGACCGGGCAUAGAUUCCAACAGGGUGGUGGUUACUGCUAUGGGUUUUAUUUGAUGAAUUCAAAGUUGGAAAUUGAUACUAGAUUGGAAAAUAAGUCAAAGUAAUUUUAGUAGAAUAUACAACAGUUAUUUGGUUUGGUUUGUAAUAUUAGGAGUAAAUGCCAAAAUUGGUCCUAAAUAUAUGGUUAUUUUAUGUUUUUAGUCUUAAACAUUAUCUUUUGGAUUUUUUGGUCCUGAACAAAUGGAAAUUUGAUCAUUUUUGUCCUGUACUAACUAUUCCGUUAAAAACUAACGGUCAACGCCGAUUUUGACCAAAUUAAAUUUUUAAUUCUUUUUUUAAUUCUGUUGCAUAAAAUUUCUCUCCCCUUCUUCCAUCGGAAGCUCCAUUUUCGUUCGUUAAAGAUGAUCCUGGACAUUGCUGUAGCUUGGCCUUUUUUUAUGUCACAAAACAAAAUUCCGUUUUUUGUUCAAAUAUGGAGAGCUGUAGCUUUAUAUAUGGCGUAUCCAAUUUCUACUCAUCACUCUCCCCUUCCUCUCCAAUGCCUUUUCUCUCCAUCGCCCACAACAAUGCCGCACCAGAAAACUGGGGCUUCACCUCCUAUGAUCAUCUCAUCGAUCUCAGCGCCGCUGUUGAAUCCGACGAUCAGGACUCCUCCGACAUGCAUUCCCACGGCAGCGGCAAGGCCAAGCUCUGCGCCAGAGGCCAUUGGCGCCCCGCGGAAGACACCAAACCGAAGGAGCUCGUCGCCCUCUACGGCCCCCAAAAUUGGAAUCUCAUCGCCGAGAAAUUGGACGGAAGAUCCGGGAAAAGCUGCAGGCUGCGGUGGUUCAACCAGCUGGACCCGAGGAUAAACCGGCGGGCGUUCACGGAGGAGGAGGAGGAGGGGCUGAUGGCGGCGCACAGAAUGUACGGAAACAAAUGGUGAUGAUUGCACGCUUGUUUCCUCUAGAGAGAAACAAUUUGGGGCUAUUUUUUAAUUCUUUUGGGGUUAGUUUCAUUAUUUGGAAUUGGAUCUGUUUUGAAAUAAGACUAAAGGUCCUUUUUGGUCCUUAACAUAUGGAGAUUUUUUUAUUUUGGUCCAAAAUCUUA